AUUUUGUAAACAAAUAGCAGCUGAUUAAGUUCAAACACAUUGCCAAUGAUAAUAAAUAAUAGAUAGGAUUAUUUUAAAACGAAAAUGAAUAGCUUAAAAUUUCUAAAUUUCAAAACGACAAUAAAAUUCUGCAAUGAGAGAAGUGCAUUACUUCAGUCAAUACGAAGAGGUGGGAUGUUCAAGCGAUCGCCUGCUUUAAAAUUGCAAGCUGCUGCACUGCAGGAUUUGUAUACGAAUUUUUUUGAUAACCGAACUGAACUCAGCGUAGAGGAGUGGCAAGAAGCUAAACAAGCACUUGUAAAUAAUAACAAAUAUAUAUCAUCAAAUAACGUAGAUGCUAUGAUGAUUGGUUUAUUUAAAUACGGACACCAGCUUCCAUUAGCCAAAGAUUACUUGAAGUACUUGAAGAAGAUCAAUGUUGAACCCAAUGUGGCAACACUCGGGCGACUCUUACGAGUUUACAAUACAGCUUAUCAUGAACGAGGUGGUUCCAUUGAUUCGCUGACACCAGAAGAACAAAAUGAAAUUUUAUCAAUAUAUACACACUUCAGAAGCAAGCAUGACGUGUUUGACACCACCACUUGUGAAAACCUUAUACAUGGGCUUGUGGCCACAGAGCGAUUUGGCGACUGUAAGGAGUUGAUUGAAAUGGCGAAACUUACAGCAGUGCCAACGGUAGCAGCGUAUUCCGAAGUAGCUGUCAAAGCUUUUAGCACAAAUGAUAUGUCAUAUGGUUGGCAAAUAUUGGAUGAGAUGGUCACAGCGGGCAAGCAGCCAAGAUGUGAAGUAUUCAUUGCUUACAUUGAACAAAUAACAAAGAAUUCAGACAAGAGUUUCCAGCAUGAAUUUGAGAAAUUGUUAGAGUUUUUUGGACAGCAUGAUAUCAUCAUAAGUGAGAAAGUAGUUGAUUACAUCACGAGCCUAGAGAACAAAAAUUUGCUUAGCAUUACAAAAUCUAAACUUAGCCGCUCGGGCAAAUGUAGAAACUGCAAUAAUCAAAUGGAAAAUAUUUCUGUCAGUGCUGCAGAUUUUGCUAAGCUUAGUAAUUCGUUUUUAAAUAAAGUUCUGAUUAGAAAUGAUGUUUUUCAAAAAUCGACGCCUCAGGAAGUUGACAGAUUUAAAGCAUUCGUUGCCGAAACCGCACCGUACGAUUGUGUCAUUGACGGACUCAAUGUUGCAUACUCAAUGGGUAUCAAGAAAUCCCCGGCUAUGUUGGCUAACUUGGUUACUAAUGUGGUGAAAUAUUUCAGUAGCCAAAACAAGCAUGUCCUGAUACUAGGCCGAAAGCAUAUGCAGAAUUGGUCAAAGACAUCCUGGAAUUACAUAUACAAAAAUGCUAGUGUGUUUCUAACAAAUAAUCUAACACAUGAUGAUCCAUUUUUAUUGUAUGCUACACUGAAGAGCGGCCACCACACUGAUUUCUUCUCGCGGGAUUUAAUGCGUACACACUCUUUUUUACUGGGGCCUGAACUACGACCAAUUUUUAGACGUUGGCAACAGGAACACCAAUAUUCUUUAGUUACCCAAACUGAAGGUGGAAAAAUAAUAGUUAAGGAGCCAAUUCGUUUUAUGAUAUGCGCGCACAAAGUGAAAGACACUUGGCAUUUGCCUUAUAAACAGGAAUAUCUUGCAAACCCUCCAACAUCAUUUGAAGUUUCAUCAAAUUGGCUCUGCAUUAAAUUUCAAAAUUAACCAAAUAAAGUAACUGAAAUGUAAAAUUUGUUUUA